CACUUCCCUUCUUAUUUCUUCUUCUUCUUCCCCUUGUGUGCUUCUCUUCUCUAACCUCACCCGCUCCUGCUCCCCUCGAAUCUGAGCUGACCCACUCUACUCCACCACUCAGCAAGCUGUACCCACGAGAGCGCGCGACCACGCAUACCGUCGGUAGCCCACUCUGCUGCGCGACCUCCGAAACGAAGCGCCAGAUUUGAUUACCUCGCCGUCCGAGGAGGUCGCAGCUCGACCGGCGCCGGGCACAACCUGAUUGGAUCGGAUCCGUGGACCUUGGCAUAGGUCAUUCUGGUUCUUGGAGGUUAUUGCUAGCCCAUCUCGAAUUAGAUAUGGAGGUAGAGAAGAAGUCAAAGGAUGAGUUACAUCUCAAGAUUAAGAGUAAGGACAAGUCCUCGGUGAAUGAGGAGGACGAGAAGGAGAUCGAGAUAGAAAUCGACGCCAAGGUUGUGGAGAAGGAAGAGGUGUCCAGUGAUGGUUCAAAGUCUGCAGGCAAAGUUAAGGAAACCAAAAAAGAAGGGAAAAACAAGUCAGAGAAGCAUGUAGAUGAACAUGAAGACGAUCAGAAGGCGAGUAAGAAGAAGGAAAAUAAGGCAGAGAAACAUGAAGAUGGUAAGAAGGAAAAGAAGAAGUUAGAGAAGCAUGAAGAUGACGGGAAGACUAGUAAGAAGGAUAAAAAGGAGAAGGAUGAGAAAAAGAAAGAAGAUGGCGAAGGCUCAGAAAAGGAGAAGGCCAAGAAAGGGAAAGAUAAGAAGAGCGAGAGCAAAGAGAAGGAUAAAAUUAGCGUCAAGGAGACUGGAGCUGAUGCAGAUGACAGUAGCCCCAAGAACAAAAAGAAGGAUAAGGACAAGGCAAAGAAGAAGGAUGAAAGCGAUGAAAAACAAGAGAAAGACAAAGAGAAGGAGGAACAUGAGAACAAGAAGAAGCAUGUAGAAGUGGGUCAGGCAAGAGAAAUCAAGCUACAAGAUAAUGAGUCGGCGAAGAAAGAAACUGAUGCUUCUGAAGAGAAGAAGGAUGGCACGGACAAAGCAAAGGAUAAAAGAAAGAGAGACAGUGCGAAGAAGCAAGAUGAACAUAAGGAAAUCGGUGACAAGGACGAACAAGGUAACAAGAAAGAUACAGAGAAGAAGGACAAGAAGAAAGAUAAAACCGACAAGAAGGGGGAAGGCAAGAAGAAGGAUGGCGAUGAUGAGAAGGAAGAAGGUAAGAAGGACAAAGAAGCGAAGGAGAAGAAGAAAGAUAAGACCGACAAGGAAGAAACUAAGAAGAAAAAGAAGGAUGGUGAGGAUGGGGAGGAAGAAGGUAAGAAGAAAGACAAAGAGAAGAAGAAAGACAAGGGCGGCAAGGAGAAGACCGACGAUCUGGCAAAGCUUAAGAAGAAGCUGGAGAAGAUCGACGCAAAGUUACAAGACCUACAUGCUGAAAAGGAAGACAUCCUAAGGCAGCUGAAGGAGCUCGAAGAGGGAAUGACCACUGAAGAGAAGAAGCCUGUACAGAUAGUGGAAGCGAGUGGCAAGGCCAAGUCCAAGGAAGAUGAUCUUGUUACUGCACCCUAAUCUUCUGGAAAUCUUUGACUUGUUGACACUUGCUGUGAUCUUAUGGUUGUAACGCGAAUAAUUUCUGAUCUGGGUACGUGCACACGUUUCUGUGUGCGGUACAGAACUCUCUCUAUAUACAUAUACAGCUUGAGUGUAACAAUAUAAACGCCCAGAAAAAUAAAAUGAACCCAUUGAACA